UGCGCUGGAGGAGCACGGCUACGUGUGUGUGUCUGUGGCCGGGAGUAGUCGCGCCUCUGCGGGCUUUAGCUCAGCGGAGCUUCGCUCACACAGACCCGGAGAUCGGGAGAACCGCAGGCAGCGGCAGUUCAGCGGCCGCAGGCCGGAGACGGAGAGCCUGAGCCCCGCGGCUGGAGAACUUCAUGGAAUUGUGAACAUCAUCAGGACGCAAUAUUCAGCUGCACCUGAACAGGUGUUCUGUUUGGAUUUGCCAAAACAUCUGCCUGCAACCCACUGGAGAGAGCGAAACAGGGUGAAAGAGAGGAAGAGAAAGAGAGAGAGAAAAAGAGAGAGAGGAAAAAGACAUCUGCUGAACCCAUCAAGGCAGACCUAUCACCAGGUGGUCUGUGGUUAAUGGAGUUGCAGAAGGGGCCAGGGGACAUCUCCAAGCCCACAGGCCUCCACAGUCCAGUGAAGAGAUGAUCAUGAGCACUGUGGCUUGGCCUAUAAUUAGGCCGCAGUGUCCCACGCUGAGGAAUGGAUAGCCUCAUCACUAUGGCUAACAAUUACCUUAACCAUGGGGCGCCGGUAAAGGACUGGCAUGGACUUCAUUUUUUCUUUGGCCUGAAAACAGUAGAGUCAGCACUCGGAGUUGCUCUUCAUUACUGUGAGCCUCAGCUACAGAAGAACCUUUCCUAGCUGUUUUGCUUUGGUUUGGGACCGAUUUUUACUGUAUUUGUUUUUGACUGUUUUGAUUUAGACCUAAUUUAUGUGAGAAGACUUUCUCAAAGGUUUGUAAGUAACCAUGGCAGCGACCUAUCGCAUCGUGGUCAGCAGUAUUAACUGUUAUAACAGUGUGGUGAUCGACCGGCGUGUUCAGCACACGGUGCAUUACUGUAACGGACCUUGUGGAGCUUUAAAACAUGGAUUUAACUGCAUGGUUGCUCAUCGCAGCACCUGCGCAGAACUUCUGGACGUACCUGUUUCCCGGCCUUACGCGGACCGGCCUAUGAGCCUCCAUGAGCCUGCCUCUAAAGCUCUAGAGAAUGGCAGUUCAAGCCAUUUUUGUGAGGACUACCACCAGGUCAUCCCCAGGGUCAAGAAAGGAUCAGCCAUUCAAAGCUCGACAAGCUUAAAGGACAUCACUGGUGAAGCAAUCAAUUUAGCCAGUGGGAAAACCAAGGAGUUUUCCUUUGAGAAGAUCAAGUACUCCUCCAGCCAUGUGACCUUCAGGAAGGGUCGAAAGGUCAGACCUGAUUCGUUUAGCAGAAGGUCCACCGACCUUGAUAUCAUCUACGGGCACUUUGCAGGAGGGAACGAUGAGAACUGUCCUCCUUUUGGCCUUAUGCAGAAGUCUGUGGCCGAAGAGCAAAAGCUCAGUCGCAGUACCUCUCUAGAGCAGAACCUGAACAGCAGCACGGCCACACUUUACCUCAACAGCCUCAGUGAGGAGAACCUCAUCGCCCGAAUAUUGGAGAAGACCAAGGCGGACAGUGGCACAUCAGGGGAAGACAUAAAAGCGUGUCUGGACAUUUUGCUCAAGUGUUCAGAGGACUUAAAGAAGUGCACAGACAUCAUAAAGCAGUGCAUCAAAAGGAAGUCUAUUGGUGGAGAUGGAAAUGAGGAUUCUGCAAACCCAGAAGCCAUCUAUAAGAAUGUGAUGGCACGACUCUCCAGCUACCUCAAAAAGUUACCCCUGGAACUGGAGCUGGGUCAAGCUGGGAGGCAAGAACACAGUGAUUUGUCUGAACUGGUCAGCACUCUCCAUGGACUGCAGCAAAGUCCCUUUUCGCCAAUUUUUGGCAAUGAACAACCACCACGCUAUGAGGAUGUAGUUCAGUCUCCUCCGUUGACAAAACCCCAGACUAAAUCUGGGGUAUCCUCAACUUCUCAACCAGAAGCUCAUGAAAGUUCCAGGGAUCUUUCAGGGAGUUUAAAACCAGUCCAGGGUCUUUCUGCACCACUGUCAUCCCACACAUCUGCUAAUGGUGGCAUCCUGCCUUCCGUCUCCAGUCCGUCCACGUUUCAUUCUGUCACUGCCAGCCGCCAUGAUCCCUUCUCUUCCACCAAUUCACUAUUGUCCAGUAGCACAGACAGCAUCUGCAAAGACUCCAUGGAAGCUCUCUAUAUCGAAGAGGAUGCAGAUGUUGGGAGGACUCUGGACAGGGCAGCAAGAUCUGAGGGGAAACACACUGGUUUUGGUGUUUCAGAGUCCAGGCAGCAUUCUAAAAGACUUGUACCCUUCUCAGAUUCGGGCAUAACUGUCACAGACAAACUAACAGACAUCAGUAGAGAUGGCACUGUGCACAAGCCCAGACCUGAGCCAGGUAUUGGCCAACCAUACAGCAUGGAGUCAAGAAUGUUCCCAAAACCAGCCCCACGAAUCAGCCGAGAAGGGGAAGACGAUAUCGACAAACUACUGAUGGACUUGGAGUGCCUCUCCCAGAACAUGCAAAAGGAACCUCCACUUCCGCCCAAGUUAAGGCGAAAGAACGAAUCUCUUCCGCAGACAAACUCAUACCAAGGCCAGCACCAGACUCCUAGCUUAGGUACUAAAAGUCCACCAGUGGCCGAGAAUGUUCCUGAACUCUCCUACGCCAAACCUGCGGACCACAGAACCGAGGAGGCAGGUGAAGAGGAUGACGGGGCUCUGCUUUUACGGAUUCUGGAGAGCAUCGAGAGCUUUGCUCAGGAGCUGGUUGAGAGUGGUGCUGGAUUGGGGACUCAGUCCAAAGAGCGUGAGGUCAUGCGUCUACUUCAGGACACUCUGGCCACUGCUAAAACAGAAGCUCAUCUGGAGCCCAUUUCUGAGCCUGUACUUGAAAAUACGUUAGUGCCUGUUAACGCAGCUUCAUCACCAGCAGCUACACCUUCACCUGUGCCUGUUUCAGCGACCAGUUCGGUGACCAGUUCAGUGACCCCUGGAAGAGACACAGGCUCGACUAUACUCAUCCAGCAGACGCCUGAAAUCAUCAGGAUUCAGCCAGAGAAGAAACCCGGAAGUCCUCCUCCAGCUCCAGCUCAGUCCACUCCGGCUCCCCGGUCCCCCACCCCACCUCCAGCCAAAGUGGUCACUCCCCCUCCCCCCUCCAUAAACAUUCCACGCUUCUACUUCCCCACAGGCCUUCCCACCUGCGCUGCCAACUACGACGAGAUCAUUGCCAAAAUCGAGACGGCCUUCAGCGAGUUCGAGGAGGAGAAGGCUGACAUUUACGAGAUGGGGAAGAUUGCGAAGGCAUGCGGGUGUCCGCUGUACUGGAAGGCCCCCAUGUUUAACUGCGCAGGAGGAGAGAGGACGGGCUUCGUCUCUGUCCACACCUUCAUCGCCACCUGGAGGAAGUUGUUACACAGCUGCUAUGAUGAUGCAUCCAAGUUUGUUUACUUGCUGGCCAAGCCGGGCUGUAAUUAUCUAGAGCAGGAAGAUUUUAUCCCCCUCUUACAGGACAUCGUGGACACUCACCCGGGGCUGACGUUCCUAAAGGAUGCUCCAGAAUUCCAUUCCCGCUAUAUCACCACAGUGAUCCAGCGGAUAUUCUACACAGUCAACCGGUCCUGGACUGGCAGGAUUACGAUGACUGAGCUCAGGAGAAACAACUUUCUGCAGACUCUGGCUUUGCUGGAGGAGGAGGAUGACAUCAACCAGAUCACAGACUACUUCUCCUACGAGCACUUCUAUGUGAUCUACUGUAAGUUCUGGGAGCUGGACACCGACCACGACCUCUUCAUUGACCCCAAAGAUCUGGCCAGGUACAACGACCACGCAUCGUCCAGCAGGAUCAUUGAGAGGCUCUUCUCAGGAGCGGUGACCCGGGGGAGCUCGGUGCAGAGGGAUGGGAGGAUGAGCUACGCAGAGUUUGUCUGGUUUCUGAUCUCAGAAGAGGACAAGAAGAACCCUACCAGUGUGGAGUACUGGUUCCGCUGUAUGGAUCUGGACGGUGACGGGGUUCUCUCCAUGUACGAGUUGGAGUAUUUCUAUGAGGAACAGUGUGAGCGGAUGGAGGGGAUGGGGAUCGAGCCGCUGCCCUUCCAGGACCUGCUCUGCCAGAUGCUGGACCUCGUCAAACCAGAGUACCAAGGGAAGAUCACGCUGCGGGAUUUGAAGCACUGCAGGAUGGCUCACAUCUUUUUUGACACUUUCUUCAACCUGGAGAAAUACCUGGACCACGAGCAGAGAGAUCCGUUCGCUGUGCAGAAGGAUCUGGACGGGGAUGGUCCUGAACCCUCGGACUGGGAUAAAUACGCAGCAGAAGAGUACGAGAUCCUGGUGGCCGAAGAGACGGCCAGUGAGCAGCUGCACGACGGGUCGUUUGAGGAAGAUUACGAGACGGAGGAAAUCUCGGUUCCGUCAGAGAUCGGAAAUAAAAUGGACAAACUGAUGAUUUCUGAUCUUACAGCGUGAUCACCCAUCAAACACACUCUCCAACCACAGCUUCCUCACUCUCUCUCUCACUCUCUCUCUCUCUCACUCUCUCUCUCUCUCUCUCACUCUUUCUCUCUAUGAGAAACGGAACUUUUUUCUACGGUUCAGAAUCAGUGUUUUUGUGAGUGAUGAUGAUGAACAGCUCCUCCAGCGGCUUCAUGUGCAAUAUGUCUUAACUGUAGUCCCGCCCACGGUGCCGGUCCGGUAUGCUAAUUAGUCCAGCACUGUGCUACUGACACUCAUCAUCCUAAAAGCUAACGGCUAACAGCUAACAGCUAGCCUCGUUAUUAGAGGAGUUCAGAGAGCAGAGAGGAAGCCGAGUUUAGAGAAGCAGGUGAGUUACCUGUAGUCCGGUUCUGGUUUUAUCUCAGGAUCUCAGAGUUCUGAUCCAAGAUCCACACCUCUAAACUCUCCCCACACACCUUUCUCAUUUUACCUGUCAAUCACACACACGUGUUUCUCAUCCUGAUGUAUUUUUGUAUUUCCAAUUAUGUAUAUCAUAAACUAUAUGAAAAACAAUAUGUCAAUCAAAACAAUUAAUCUAUACACCAAACUUCAUUCUUUACACUUUAAAUUUUAGGGUCAAUGGGUGGAGCUAAACUAAUGUAGACUGAAUGAAUCAGCUUAAACUAAUGUAGACUGAAUGGGUGGCGCUAAACUGAUGUAGGCUUAAUAGUGAGUGGGGCUAAACUGACAUAGACUGAAUGGGUGGGGCUAAGCUCAUUUUGACUGAAUGGGUGGGGCUAAUUGUAUGCAGACUGAAUGGGUGGGGUUAAAGUGCUGAAGGCUGAAUUGUUGGAGCUGAACUGACGUAGACUGAAUAAGUGAGUUUAAACUGAUGUAGACUUAAUAGGUGGAGCUAAACUAAUAGACUGAAUGGGUGGGGCUAAGCUCAUUUUGACUGAAUGGGUGGGGCUAAAGUGCUGAAGGCUGAAAGGGUGGGGCUAAACUGAAGUAGACUAAAUGGGUGGAGCUAAACUGCUGUAGGCUGGAAAUAGGUGGAGCUAAUCUGAUGUACGCUGAAUAAGUAAGCCUAAACUGAUGUAGACUGAAUGGGUGGGGAUAAACUGCUUAUGGCUAAAUGGGUGGGGCUAAAUGUACACAGAGCUGAAUGUUUGUGCCUAAACUGCUGUAGAAGGAAUUAUGUUAUAUAAUUAUAUAUAUAUAUAUAUGUGUAAUAUAUUCAAUAGGGGCAUAAUUUCAUAAUUAAGCAAUAAUACAGGAGUAGGGAGUGCUAUUAUGUUACAGCAUAGUUCCAUAAUCACUGUUUACUGAAAGAUUUUAAGUUAAAGAAGAGGAGAAAAUACAGUUUAAAUCGUUUCAUUGCUGCUCUGUUUGUAGCUGUGCUGUUUGGCUUGUAAGCGCUGCAUCGUUGAUAGAUUACCUGUACAUGAAGGAGAGUAAUACAUGGAGAGCUUCGGUUACAGCGCAUUACCGGCUGAUUACGGCACUCAUAGAAUUCCUCUCAGCCAAUCACACACUCAAGAUUUACUGAAAUGUUUGAGUUAAAACGCAAAUUUCAGUACAUCGAUAUUCCUCAGUAUUCAUUAAUCACAUUAAUCAAAAACCUGAUUAAAGAAUACUUAAAAACUAUAAAUCCAUCAAAGCACUUUUAAUGCAGUGGAAGGAACUCAGUUCCUGAUUCUGACUGUGGGAGGAGUAGAAAGAGAUUCAGAGCGUGUGUUUUAGGGGGUGUGGCUAUGGGCUUUGAGAGGUGGAGUCUUGGACCGGCACUGAUUUCGCUCCACAUGUCAAAAUAAAAGUUCGGAGCUCAUUACAGAUAAAAAAAAAAAAAAACGACAUAAUUAAGACUUAAAUUUCAGUGUUGCACAUCAACCCCAAGGAGAGCUGGAACACUGUCAGUAACGUAUUGCGUCUCCUUGUGGUCACUAGAGGUAUUGCAUGUUGAAACUUAAUUUGUUGAGUUAAUUUGCUUUUUGUUAAAAACGACAGAAUUCAGACAUUUCCAUGUUCACUUCCUCCCUCACCCGGAAACGGAAACAGGACAAUCUUAAACAUUUCAUCAGUGAAUUACUGAGUUUCAGGCGUAUUUGUAUAAAAGCAGGCGGAGCCCAGUCUGGGGUUCUUCGUACAGAGAACGGUUCUAGGUUGGAGUGUAGGAACUCUAGCUGAAGCUGAACGGAACGUAGUGUGCACCAGUGUUCAGGAGUGAUGUUCCCUGUAUAAAAGUGUGAAUAGUGAGUGAUGAAGGUGUUAUUUAUUCGCUGUGAGAUCAGUGUGGGCGGGGUUUUUGUGUUUAUUUAUAGCUAUUAUUUCUCCGAUCUUUAAAGCGAUAGUCUGAUUUAUGGUUGUCCCCUGAAUCGGUAAACAUGGACUGAAGGACGAAGCUAAGCUAAACCCGGAAUUCUCUCUGUAGUUUAGCUUCCUGAAUAAAACAAAGUUUCACAAACAUGCGUCAGUUAGCAUAAUGCUAAUUGGUGGGGUUUAAGCUACCACUACUUUCAGCUACUUUUAGCUACAUCAGAUCUAAAGCUUCUGUAGGAAAGUAGAGAAGAAAACAUAGAAACAUUAGGAAACAGAUAAUAAAAUAAAAAUGACCAUGUGUUAAAAAUGUAUUAAUUAAACAAUAUAUAAUAUAUAACAAUAUAUAUAAAAGUGAAGGAAGAAUGAUCGCCGGACGCUCUGGCGGCUCCCUGAUGGAUGUUGUUCUGUUAACCAGACUGCUAAACUGCUAAAUGGCUAAACUGUAAAUUAUCCCACAACAAAAUAACUAGUAAUAAGUUUCCUCCAAUUAAAAUAUCAUAAAAUUUCAUAAAAUAGAUAUAUAAACUAAAUAUAAUAAUAACUAUAACUAAAAUACUUUUUUUUUUUAAAUUUAAUCUACGUAAGCUUAAAUGAAUUGAUUUUAUUUAUGGAUCGGUUUCUAUUAAUCAGUCCAUAGAUAGACAGAUAGACAGAUAGAUAUAGAUUAUAUUGAUUAUAUUAGAUUGAUGACUUACUUUUUUUUAAAGUGCGUGUCGGGUCACAUACUCUCUCUCACACUGUCCGGUCUGGUCCAGCGCUGCCGUGUGUUGACUGUACUGUAUCUUUGGUUUCUGUAAUUAGUGUAAUAUAUUUAUAUAUGUGGAGUGUUCUGUCCUGUAGUGCAGUUCUGUUAGUCCAGCUGUUUCUAAACGUUUCUAUAUCCUCUGUAAAUGUCUGUAUUUUAUUUUAUUUUAUUUUAUUUUAUUUUAUUUUAUUUUAUUUGAAUCUGAGCUCUGCCACUGAGUGGCGGGGAGUUUAAAAUUGUGCUAAACAGAAUAUUAAUCUGUAAUCUGAACUACAGUGUUAGAAUGAUGUGUGUCGUAGAGCUGAGGUGAAGUAAGAUGACAAUCAGCCAUCAUCAGAGGAGUGACAGAGCAAUAAACCUGCUGUAGUGUUUUUAGUGUUUUUAAUCAGAGCUGUUGGACGUAGAGCUUAAAAAAAAAAGAGAUGAGCAGCCUCUCACCAGGACACUCCUGUCGUUAACACGUCUACAAGUCUAUGCAAAUCCAGUCUGUACAGAGAUUGGCAGCUACGGGAGCUGCCAAACACCAGACAACCUGUUCGUGUGAAACUCUUGUAUUUUAUUUGUGAGUUUUAUAUCAUAUAAAUGUAUUUUCACCUUUUAUUUCUCUGAUCUGAUGAAUGUCUCGCUUGCAGAAGAUUUAAAAACAAAAACAAAAAAACGAUGUGAGGAGAACAUCAUCUCUCUCUCUCUCUCUCUCCCGCUCUGAGGAGAUGCUUCAUGUAUUCGCAUGACUUUAUUUUUUUCUUUUGAGAAUUUCUGAAAACCAAUAAAAAGGUUUAAAGCUGUUUAUUUCAACGCAGAA